UCUAAAACCGGAAAAUCUAAAAAAUCAGAUCCAAACCCGAACGGUAACCGAACCCCGUUUAGGGUUCUCGGAGUGUUGACUGUGAUUUUCUUCUGAAACCGGUUAAAAUCUGAUAACCGAAAAAGCAUCGGUUUGGUCUGCUCUCAAACGCUAAUCACUUUUCCCGGAACCGCCGCCCGCAGCUGUAGCCUGUAGUCAUCAGACGCCAUUGUUGCCGCACCUCUCUGACAAAUUUCUGCAAUUCACAAAGAUGGGCAGCGAAAGUGAGAAACGGAGAGAAGCAAAUAAAGAAGAGGAAGAAGAAGAAAUAGUCUGCUUGGAGUCUUUCUUCAUCAACGAUGAUUAUCAGUUGACGAAGUUUACGUUUGGUUCUCAUGUUCUUGAGCUCUACUGUCUCCAGUCAGCUUCAACUGAUUUUGAUUUAACAGGGCAGCUGGUUUGGCCUGGUGCGAUGCUUAUGAAUGGUUAUCUCUCAGAAAAUGCUGAGAUUCUCCAGGGAUGUUCAGUUCUGGAGUUGGGAUCUGGCGUUGGGAUAACUGGAGUUCUCUGUAGCAAAUUUUGCCGUAAAGUUAUUUUUACUGACCAUAACGAUGAAGUGCUCAAGAUACUGAAGAAAAACAUCGAGCUGCAUGGACAUUCCAGCGGUCCUAACCCCUCAGCUGAACUAGAGGCUGCAAAGCUAGAAUGGGGAAAUAGUGAUCAUCUAGGUGAAAUUUUACAGAAACACAAUGAUGGCUUUGAUCUUAUCCUUGGAGCUGAUAUCUGCUUUCAGCAAUCUAGUGUGCCGUUGCUAUUUGACAGUGUUGAGCAGCUUCUGCGGAUCAGGGGACACGGAAACUGCAAGUUCAUACUAGCAUACGUAUCACGGGCUAGACAGAUGGAUUCUGCGAUCUUGAGAGAAGGCGCUCAGCACGGGAUGCUGAUGAAUGAAGUUUCUGGGACUCGGUGUACCGUAGCAAACUUGAAAGGAGUCAUAUAUGAGAUCACACUUCAAUAGAAGAAGAAAGGAAUUUGUUUUGUUGGAGUAAUUUUACUUCCCUUGAUACCUACUGAGAAUUUUGUACCAUUAUGUUAUUUUAGGAUGCAUACAUUUUUGAUGAAAUCCUUUACUGUUUAAAAAGUAUAAACAAUGACAUUUGUGGAUGCUUUGAAGUGAAACCACAUUUGUUAGCUGAAAAAUUGUUGCAACUAACAUA